AUGGAGAGAAUAGGCGAAAGGCUAUUGCCUGAAGAUAGCGCGCGUGUUGCAGAGGAGGAGCGGGAGCGGCGCCGACGCCGCUUGAUGGCAACGGUCUCUGGUGGCGAUUUCAUGAAGCUCUCGAUGAUGAAGCGACCAGACUCCAACUACUAUGACACAGAGCACGGCCACCAGCGUGGGGAGCAGCGACGCGGGGGCGACCGCAAUGUCUCCGGCGGAGGUGGCGCGCGCGGCGGCGACGGCCGAAACUUCACCGCCGGCGGCGGUGGCGGCGGCGGAGGAGGAGGCGGAGCGGGCGGCCGGUCCGCCGCAGCUGCACCUCACCCUGCAGUUCGUGGGCGGUGA